AUGGCCUCUUCUGCCCCCCAAUUGAGGUCUCUCUCCGAGGAAUUCUCCUGCCCCGUGUGCCUGGACUGGCUGCAGGAUCCCGUCACCCUGCCCUGCGGCCACGUCUACUGCCAGGGCUGCAUCGAGACAACGUGGGGCACCCUGGGUAUCCCCCCUGCCUGCCCUGAAUGCCGGGAGCCCUGUCCCGACAGGAGAUAUGCCCCCUGCAGGCUGCUGACGAAGCUGAUCGACCAGGCCAGGGGGCUGAGCCCUGGUGGGGCAGAGGAGGGGGCGCGCCCAGGGGGCAGGUGCCAGGAGCACAGCGAACCCUGGAGGGUGGCAGGUGGGGCAUUCGCCGGUGAGCUCUGCAGGGAACCAGUCACAUACGAAAAUCUCCGGUUCCUCCCCAUCCACCAGGCCACUGGGCAGCAUCAGGAGGAGCUGUCCUCAGCCAUAGCCCAGCUGGAGUCUAGCCUCGCUGGGGUCCUGAAGCUGAAGACGGAGAAGGAAGAGAGGAUUUGGAACCACCAGGCGACGGUGCUCAGCCUGGAGGAUCACAUCUCCUCGGAGUUCGGGAAGCUGCGGGGCUGGCUGGCCACGCGGGAGGAGGAGUGGCAGGAUCAGCUGCGGCGGGCGGGCAGAGCCCAGCUGCGUGCGAUGCAGAGGAACCUGCAGGAGCUGGCGGGGAGAUGCCAGGCAGCCCAGGAGAUGCUCACCGAGGCCCAGGCCCGCCUGCCCCAGCAGAACACCAUGGAGUUCCUGACAGACAUAAAAUCUUCCCUGGACUGGAUGAAACAGCAACCGGCUACCCCUUGUGGGCUGAAUACGGGGUCCCUAUCACAGACUCUGGGGCAAUUCAAAGGGCCGAUCCAGUAUACUGCCUGGAAGGAAAUGAAAUCCAUCCUCAACAUAGAUCUCCCCCGGGUGACGCUGGAUCCCGCCACGGCUCAUCCCUGCCUGGUUCUCUCGGAGGAUCGCACCUGGGUCCGGGAUGGCCCCCUUCGCCGGCCCCUCCCCGACACUCCCGCCCGCUUCGAUUUCUGCGUGGCUGUGCUGGGCGCAGGGGCGUUCGCCUCUGGGAGGCGCUACUGGGAGGUGGAAGUCGGGGAGAAGCCGGCAUGGACGCUGGGCGUGGUCCAUGCCUCUGUCAGCCGCAAAGGGAAGAUCCAUGCCUCCCCCAGCAAGGGAUUCUGGGUCAUUCGGCUCCGGGGCGGGGCCGAGCUCAUGGCUAAGGACACGCCCCCAAUGGUGCUCCACCCCCAGGCCCUGCCCCACAGGAUUGGGGUGUACCUGGACUACGAAGGGGGCCAGGUUUCCUUCUAUGAUGCCCAGGGCAUGGCCCACCUCUAUACGUUCAGUGCCCGGUUUGCAGAGAGUGUGUAUCCCUAUUUCUGUCCCGGGCUCUACGAUUCGGGGGGAAAUGCUACCCCCCUGAAAAUCUGCCCCUUGCCCUGA